AUGGCUCAAGCACGGAACAUAGUGAGGACGCCCGACCAGGAAUUGCCCCAUCACUUGGAGGUCUCGACCUCGCCAUCAGCUACAACUUUUCACUCCCCGCUAUCGAGCUUUGGCGGGGCAUUUCCUCAGCGCGGCCAACCCAAGCAGCUCAAACCCUUUAACACCCAGGACAUAAAGAUACUCCUACUCGAGAAUGUCAACCAGAGCGGAAGAGACAUCUUGACUAGCCAGGGCUAUCAAGUUGAAUUCCAUAAGAGCUCCUUGCCCGAAGACCAACUAAUUGAGAAGAUCCGAGAUGCCCACGUCAUUGGCAUUCGAUCCAAGACCAAAUUAAAUGAAAAGGUCCUCCGCGAAGCCAAGAACUUGCUGGUAAUUGGCUGCUUCUGCAUUGGCACAAACCAGGUAGAUUUGGAAUACGCAGCUCAUCAUGGCAUUGCCGUCUUCAACUCGCCUUUUGCAAACUCUCGUAGUGUCGCCGAGCUUGUCAUCGCGGAAAUCAUCACUCUGGCUCGUCAGCUAGGUGAUCGAUCGAAUGAGAUGCACAGGGGCACCUGGAAUAAGGUGAGCAACAAAUGUUGGGAAAUUCGUGGGAAGACCCUCGGAAUCGUCGGAUAUGGGCACAUCGGCUCGCAAUUGUCCGUCCUUGCAGAAGCUAUGGGGAUGUCAGUCAUAUACUAUGAUGUCGUGAGCUUGAUGGCAUUGGGUACGGCCCGACAGGUGCCAACAUUAGAGGCUCUCCUGAGCGAAGCCGACUUCGUCACCUUACACGUGCCGGAGCUGCCCGAAACUAAGAACAUGAUAUCUGCAGCACAGCUCAAAUUAAUGAAGGACGGUUCGUAUCUCAUCAAUGCCAGCCGCGGAACCGUAGUUGACAUCCCGGCUCUCAUCAACGCGAUGCGCAGCGGUAAGAUUGCUGGGGCUGCAUUGGAUGUCUACCCAGGCGAGCCGCGCGCAAAUGGCGACUACUUCAACAACAACCUUAACGGAUGGGAAGAGGAUCUCCGUAGUCUGAACAACAUCAUCCUUACCCCGCACAUCGGUGGUAGCACCGAAGAGGCGCAGAGAGCGAUCGGUAUCGAAGUUGGCGAUGCUCUGGUUCGAUACAUCAACCUAGGCAUUACUCUUGGCAGCGUCAAUAUGCCUGAGGUAAACAUGCGUUCGUUGACGCUGGAUGAGCCUGAUCACGCACGAGUCAUCUAUAUCCAUAACAACGUACCGGGUGUCCUUCGCAAGGUCAACGAAAUUCUCGGCAAUCACAAUGUCGACAAGCAGAUCAGUGAUAGUAGGGGAGACCUCGCCUAUCUCAUGGCCGAUGUCAGCGACGUCCAGACCAGCGAUCUUAAAGAAAUCUCCGACUCGCUUGAGGCGCUCGGCUCUCGCAUUUUGACACGCGUGCUUUACUAG